UUAUGGCAUCCGGGGUAGGUUAUGUUUGCCAAUGUAGUUAUCAAAAUUUUCAAAUAUUUUACAAAACUCCUUUGUUUUUGAGACGUCAUCCAUUAAAAUGCAGGGAAAACUUGUAAAAGAUUCAAUUGGUAAAUCAUUUAUUCGGUAACACAACAGGUAGACGUAAAAUUAUUAUUGUACAAGGUAUCAUAAUCAACAUUUCUAUAAAAACAUAUUAUCAAAAGCACGUACAUAUAACAAUGUCAUCAAAAUGGAACGAGCGAUUAGUGACUAAUUUCUUGAAAGUAUACAAGCAGCACCCAUGUCUGUGGAAUCCGUAUCACAAGGAAUAUCAUAAUUGCCGUGAAAAAAAUGAAGCUUUACGAAAAAUUAUCGAUACUCUUGGUGCACCUGGCUUUACCGUAAAUGACUAUUUGCAACAAAUCAGGAUCAUAAGAGAAAAGUACAAGCAAGAGCAAGCACGAACCAUCAAAUUCAUGCAGUCACAAAGGCAGUAUACAUCUCCUUUUCCCUGGUACAAUAUAGUGGCAGAGAUGCUGACGGAGGUGAUCAACGAGGAAGAAAAAUUGAACUCUGGUCGGAUUUUAUUGACCUCAGAAACCCACGAUACCUCAUCGGUUCUCAAAUCUCUGAGCAGCGACGAUGUAAGGGGUUCACAGAGAAAGGAGAAAGCUAGAACAGAAAUAAAAACCAUAAGAAUUCGUCCGUGCACCGAUACAACUUGCGACGAAAUCAUCAGAAGAAGCAAAUCUAUGGAGAAACCUACCCGCGGGAAGCGUCGUGGCUCGAUAGCGAACAAAAAUGAUGAAAACCGAGCAAAUGUACGAAUUAGAUACGUUACUUGUCCACAAUUUCGAAAGAAAGAUAGCAUUUUAAGAGAGAAGGAAGAUAAUAUGCUUUCAAGCCAUGUGCCUACCAGAGAUUUUGAGCCCACUGUAUAUGAGUAUCCAGUAGUUGGUCCCAAAGAUACCACACCCUCUUCCUCCACAAGAGAGAGUGAUAAAAACUAUGAACCAACAUUUUUACAAUGUCCAGCUUGUGGUUGGGAAACCGAAAAUUAUAAUCAGAUUGCAAGAAAUUCAGAGAAGCCUAUGGACCAGCAGAAGAGUUUUAUUCCUUGUUCCAGUUACAGUAGGGAUCCUUCUGGUAAAACUUACACUCUGUGUAUUGGAUGCGAUCGAGUCACACGAGAUGAUGCACCGUACGAAUCCGAUUAUGCGAAAAAGAAUAUAUAUAAUUCUGGGGAUUUUGAGAGCCUUCAAGACUUAUCAAAUCAAGUACCUCGUCCUAGUGUAACCAGUAGAAUUGUUGAAACAAUGUCAGUCAGAUCACCUGUUGAAAAAGCGAAAAAAGUAAUAGAUAUAGGGGUCCAGUGUGAAGGAGAGUUAAAAGAGCUUGCAAAGAAUAGUAUAUCUACGAGUACACCGGUCCAAACACAAGUCUUCAAACUGGAUCUUCUUUCAGCAAAUAAAUUCCGAGGUGAUGUUGUAGAAGCUUGUUUAAAAAUCAUGUUAUCAAGGUCGAGAGGAAACUUGGCGGAAAAUGCAAGACCUAUUUCUCAAGGUACUCGAGAAGUCCAAUGUAUUCGAGCAGAAUCGAAGGAAACGCAGUCUUCUCCUAAAGACAUUCCUGAAACUAAAACAAACGAAGCAGGAGUUAACACUGUAAAUUACAGUGAAGUAGGGAUACAAAAUACAGUCUGUGUAUCCGAUGGAACUACACGUUGCGUUUCGCUUCAGACUGAUGAGAAAGAGAAAGAGAAAGAGAAAGAGAAAGAGAAAGAAAAACUUAAAGAUUAUACCAGAGGUAUUCGCAGGACAGAAUCGAAGGAAGUAUCUGUGAACAUGAUAGAUAAAGCAUCGAAGGGGAUUCAAAGCACGGUUUGCGUGUCCCGUGCAAAUUCGUGUCGCAGUACAUCUUCUGAUAGGGCAGAAAUUGGAACCUCCACUUCUGUGCAGCAAGUUCGUAGCGUCGCUUGUGUAGCCGCAGAAAGAUAUCGAUUAGAUGAUGCUCCAUGCAUUUCCGAUUGGAGGAAGAUACCUGUAACUCGAGCAAAGUCUCAUGGAUCCAUAAAUAACUGUGUAAGACAUGUUGAUUUCAGACAACCUGUAGAAAGAGAAAGUAAGCAUUUAGAACAGUGCUCUAAUAAUAAAAUUGUACUAAUAUGUAAAAUGUUUCCAACAACAGUACAAGAAUACAUGGACCCCUGCAGAACAGAUACAUGUCCAGGCAAUAUAAUGAAUCCUACUACAGUGUUCAUGUUACAAAAACUUUUGCAUAAUAUAUUAUCUUCUAAACAAGGUGCGCCUAGCACGAAAUCAUCGUCGUCGUCGGAUUUGCAAACGGAUUCUGAGAACACCUGUCGCUUGAAAGGGAGAUGUACGAUUGACGUAACAGAAAUGAUGAACAAAAUCAAAGAAUAUGCAAUCAGGGUAUUAGGGUCAGAUGCUGAAGGUGAAGUAAAAGAAUUUCAUCAGAAGAUUGAUGCGAGUACAUUGAUGAUUGAUGAAAACGAGAAGCCUGCAUUUCAAUCCACUGCUACCGAACAAGACACACCACAGAUUUUUGAAAAUAAUACAGAAUUAGAGAACGAGAAAUUACCGACUGUCGACAAGGAAGUUUCCGCAUUUUCAGAGAGUAAAGAUGUUUAUACAAACGGGUCAUUAUUGCAGUUCGUUAGGCGCGAUGUAGAAGUUCAAGGCAGCCCGCAAUUAGAAGAUACCGUGUGUCCGGAUAAAUGCGAGCAAACUAUACAGAAUAAGAUAACUGUGGGUACUCAGAAAAGGGAUCCCAUACUGGUUCGUGUAAUAAAAUGUAAUGAAAAUCAAGGCGUCGUGAAAUCAGAUAAGGAGACGUUGACUGCGAAAAUGGACAUGGACGUAACACAGAAAUCUAUUGAUAAACGUGUUGGAAGCUGUGGUAGAUCAACUUGUAUACCAUAUAGCAUAAAUAGAAAAUCAAAUGAAGCCAAUCUAGAAUCUGCUUUCCGUAAAAAGCGCGAGAAUUUAAUUGAUAAUGCUUAUCGCAAACGAUCAAUAAUUUAUAAUAAUUUCACCUGUGAUAAAAAUUGUAAAGAUAAAGCAAACAGCGAUUGGGCAGAUGUAACGAACAUAGGUGUAUGUUUCAAUAACCCGCAUUCUAAAAUUCCCUUGGGUGUAAAAUCACGCAAGUAGCACGAUACCAUUGAAGAAAUGGUAAAUCAUAUUGUAGAAGAGAAAACUUCGUUUUAUUACAUGAAAAUGUAUAACGUUCUUUCAAUUGGAAUAUUAUAUGAAAAUCACAUUAUUUAAUUUCUCAUAGUAAAUUACGUUUAUAUCGUUGAGUCAAAGGCAAAUGUUUGAUACAUGUAUAUGCGGUAAAUACCAACCGACGGAAUUUAAUUGUAAUAAAAUAGUAUAAAAGAGGUUUGAUUUUCCCUCGUUGAUUAUUUUUACAUAUUAUAUAAUAUCAUUCGUUGAAGAUUAUGUUUGAUAUAUUUUAUUAUCAGAGUCUUAUCACUUGAAUAUGCGUAAACAUUAUUUUAAAUUCGUUAACCUGAGUAUAUCUUUUUGAUGUGUUUCAUGUAAAUACCGUACAAUAAACUAACAAUUUCAAGUUGUCCUUAA